AUGAGUAAAAUAAGUGACCAGUUCAAAACUCAGCGGGAUGAGAAUCUACCGGACUAUUGCCCCAGUGGCCGACCGAAUGGCAUUUACCAGAUAAAACUGCCUGGAAUAGACCCCUUCGAUGUUCCAUGCGAGUCAUCCACUCCUGGAUGGACUGUUAUCCAAAGGCGCCUUGACGGAAGCGAAAACUUUAAGCGCGGGUGGCAGGAGUACAAGGAUGGGUUCGGCGAUGUACGCCAAGAGUUCUUCAUUGGCCUCGAGAAACUGCACUUGAUGACCGCAGCCCAACCCUUUGAACUUCACAUACAGCUUCGUGAUGUAAAAGGAAAAACUAAGUACGCUCAUUACGAUGAUCUUAGAGUUGCCGGCGAAAGGGAUUCUUAUAAGCUAUCCUCUGUUGGCAAAUAUUCCGGUACCGCAGGGGACUCGCUGUCGCAGCUCAAAGGAAAUAAUUUCACCACAUUCGAUCGAGAUAAUCGGUGUGAGGACACACAUUCCGGUGGCUGGUGGGAGGAUACAAGCUGUGUUGUAAGCAUGCUCAAUGGAAAAUACUACAAAGAUGGCCUAAUGGAAGAAGGUCAGGAAUAUGGCAUUUACUGGGGAUCAUUUCGGGCUCGUCCAGAGUCGCUGACCUUCAUUCAGAUGAUGAUAAAGCCAAAAGCCUGA